UAACAAAAGUAAAGCACUCCUUCACACACGCGCACACAAACGCAGAGAGAGAGAGAGAAAGAGCGCGUUUCCGAGGAAGAAACCACAAUGCACAAAUCGUAUAAAACAAUCAGAUGGCCACCAGGUGGGAAAAGGGUAGGAAUGGGGAAUGGGGUGGCCCGAUUACAGUACAUUCUUCUACCGAUAGAUACAUAGAUCUAUGUAUGUAUAUGUACACUGUAUAUCUAGCGAUACUCGUACUAGAACUAGCAGCCGUUUGUAGGAGAUUCGUGUUUGAAGGCUUCAAGCGACGAGUGCACCACCGAGUGGUGAUGGUGGUGCAGCCAGCCGACUAUCGAUGUAGGACCCUAUCGCAGUAGAGUGUUAGUUCGGCCGCGUUAGCUUGUAAACUGUUGUAGUAACACUCCACACCUUGACAAAUUGAUGGCGGUGCUCUCACAUUAUGGCCAUAAGGCCGCGCGCAUCCGUCUAUGGCGUCUGGGGGGAGGGUGCAUAACCAGGCAAAGCACAGCUGUGCGUGCGUGCUGGUGCGCUGGAACUGGAACUAAGACUUGACAUCAAAAUUACGAUACGAUAGUAAACGGUAAACUAUUUAAUAACUUUUAAUUGUCAAAACCGGGCGCUGCAAACACGCGAUACACGUUCGAUAUUCUCGAUUUCCUCCCUCCCCCCCAAACUUUCCCAUGAAUUUUUCAUACCACGUCAGAGCGGUAUUGUUAGAAGUCUGCGGCAGAAGCAACCUGAAGCUAAGGAGCAUUAGUAGCGCGCCGCUCAAAUUUCAUGUGGCACCCAAAGUGCGUUGCGAAACGAUGCUACACACCUACAGAUACACACAAAAACACAAACACACUCUAUCUUGAAUGUUGUUGAUGAUAUGAUGAGGUGGCAUGUGAUGACACAUCAGAUUCAGAUUAUUUACACCGCCUAUAGUGUGAUGAGUUUUUUGCGGAUGGCGUCGGGGAGGUGGGAGAGGGUGGGUGGAUCUAUCAUUUUUUUGUACUGUUGGCGCGUUGCUGUUGUAUUUUUUUUGGUUUGAUUUUGCUAUCCUUCCGUCACUCGAUUUUCUACUGACGAGCCACCCCCCCCUUCCGGAAGGACCCUCCCCCUUCCCACCGUUAGUUUCCAUUCUACACCCAGAUCGUACAGUAUAUUUAUAUACACCACCUAUACAUACACAUAUAUACAUACAUACGCAAACAGGGACGCAUACUAGCGAUGUGGUAGUGAGCGAGCGGAGGUGAAGAAAGGGUAACUAGAAACUAUCUCGGCUCAAGCUACUAGGCUACUGCUACUCGUAUACCUUAGAUGGAGCGUUUUUGGAAAGAGGAAUGGAGGAGAGAACGGGAGGGAGAGAGAGAGAGGGUGCCCUAAGCUGAGUCACGGAACCGGGCUACGGUACGGUACCCUCGAUGGUCGUUCGAUGCGGAAAUGUAGACGGAAAUUAAAAACUGAAGCACUUCGGGACGAGCAGCACGAACGAACGAACGUUUUGUGAACGUUCGUCACGCAACGGCCGAGCCCGCCGCCCGCCUAAUCAGAAACCGGUACCGGCGUGUGUGGUCGUGAAACAAAAGUCUGGUUGAUUUUAUAAAGGAAUAUUACUACUUACUACUGGCUCCUGGUUUGCUGACGCUACGAUGGCACCGCGAGAAAGGAGGAAUCGUUAGAAAUCUAAAUAUCACGCCAGGCGGAGAGCUCUCCACUUGUCUCACUGUCGCUCUGUCACCGUGAACGCUCCCCCCGCUCCGUCGCUCUAACGCUAUUUCUUACCCCUGCGAACACGAGAGGACACGUAGUAGGGAGCCACCCUUG